CGGGCCGCGCGUGCGCGCUGGGCGGGCGCCGGCGAGUGCGCUGCACCGCGGCUGGGCUCCGGCUGGGGGCGAGCAGAGUCCCGGCGGCGUCGCAGCCGUUGUGAGCCCCGCAGGCGAGUCGGGAGGGCCGGGAGGUGGGCGAGCUGCCCGCGGAUGGCGGAGAUGCUGUCCACCGUGGCGUUUUACCUCCUCUCCACCGUGGGGGGCUACUUGGUCACCUCGUUCUUGUUGCUCAAAUACCCGACCUUGCUGCACCAGAGAAAGAAGCAACGAUUCCUCGGUAAACACAUCUCCCACCGCGGAGGUGCUGGAGAAAAUUUGGAGAACACAAUGGCAGCCUUUAGGCAUGCAGUCACACUUGGAACCGACAUGCUGGAAUUGGAUUGCCAUAUCACAAAAGAUGAACAAGUUGUUGUGUCACAUGAUGAGAAUCUAAAGAGAUCAACUGGGGUCAAUGUGAAUAUCUCUGAUCUCAAGUACUGUGAACUUCCGUCUUACCUUGGAAAACUGGAUGUCACAUUUCAAAGAGAGUGCCAAUGUGAAGGAAAAGAUAACCGAAUUCCCUUACUGAAGGAUGUUUUUGAGGCCUUUCCGACCACUCCUAUUAACAUCGAUAUCAAAGUCAACAACCGAAUGCUGAUCAAGAAGGUCUCAGAAUUGGUGAAGCAGUACAAAAGAGAACACAUAACAGUGUGGGGUAAUGCCAGUUAUAAAAUUGUAGAAAAGUGCUACAAGGAGAAUUCAGAUAUUCCUAUACUCUUCAGCCUGCAGCGUGUUCUGCUUAUUCUUGGUCUGUUCUUCACUGGCCUGUUGCCAUUUGUGCCCAUUCGAGAACAGUUUUUUGAAAUCCCAAUGCCUUCUAUCAUGUUGAAGCUGAAAGAACCACAUACCAUAUCCAGAAUUCAAAAGUUUCUCAUCUGGCUUUCUGAUAUCUUACUGAUGAGAAAAGCUUUAUUUAACCACCUCACUGCCCGGGGGAUUCAAGUGUAUGUUUGGGUUUUAAAUGAAGAACAGGAAUACAAAAGAGCCUUUGAUUUGGGAGCAACUGGAGUCAUGACAGAUUAUCCAACAAAGCUUAAGGAUUUUUUACAUAAAUUUUCCAUGUAGGAAAGGAUAUCACUCUCUAACGUUCAGGGAAGAUAUGAAAAGACCUAAGAAAAAAUAUUUUUACUUUCAUUUCCCAAAGCCAUCAUUUUCCAGAAUGGUAAAAGGUUAAUCAAUUAAGUUUUUAUUACCUCAUUUUUAAACCUGUAUGAGAAUGUAGAAAAUGUAUAUUGUGUAUUUAUUUUAAAUAAUAUUGCAUAGGUUACAUUGUAAAUAGUUUAGAAGAUACUGAGAUGCAAGUAGAAAAUUAUUGAUCAAGAUUUUUGUAUAUAAUGCAGUAAUCUCCUAUUCUAGGUAAUUCUGAAAUCAAAGAUUAUUGGACAAAUUUACAUUUACCUUCACCAAAUAAAAUAAUUUCAUUAGUGAAACAGUUACUGAAGACCAUUAUAACUUCUGAAUUGUCUUGCUAUUUCUGUGUGCAUCUUAGUUAAAGAAGGAAAAUAAAGUGAAAGGAAAGGUUAGGAAUCAGCGAUAUUGUUAUCUGGCAAGUUGUACAUUGUUACUAGAAAGUAAACUCAGAUAACUGAAAGUUUAUUCCUUGAUCAGAACUAAAAUCUGUAGACUGAAUUAGAUUUCUGAUUGCUAUUAAUGUGGACAUUCUAUUUGGAAUCCUGUUCGGGCAUGUAACAAUGCUACACUUUCAAAAAAAAUCCAACUAAAAUUAUUAUUGUAAACUUAGAUCCAAAAAGCCAUAUUUUUUAUGUUUCCUAUAAAGAAAUAUAAAAUUUUCAUUUCAGACAAGAUCUGUUUAUUUGGGCCAACAGCUAGAUUUUAAGGAAUAUCUUAUAUGCUAAAAUUAUAGGAAACUGAUGAAAAUAUCUAUCAGUGUUUCUAAUGCUUAUUGUAUAAACUGCCUGCCCUUUUUAUUUUUAAAGAGUCUCUUCUUUGGGGGCUGAGAGAUAAUACAGUAAAUAGGAUACUUGCCCUGCAUGUGGCCAACCUGGGUUUGAUCUCCAGCAUCCCAUAAUGGUCCCCUGAGCCCUGCCAGUAGUGAUCCCUGAGCACAGAGCCAGGAAUAAGCUCUCAGCAUUACUGGAUGAGGCCCAAUAAACAAAAGAAAAAACAGUUAAUUCUUCUGAGUAUUAAGUAUUAAGUAUUAAUUUUUCUAAGUAAAAUAAAAUUUCCCAAAUAUUAAUUAGCACUUUCUUAGCUUUUCUGGUGUGACUUCAUGUAAAUCUCUUUCAAAGUUUUUGCCUAAUUUUCAUGAUCUCUUUGGAGGUAUAAUCUGAAAUAAUAAGUGUCUUCUAGUUAGAUUAUCUCUCUCAAUUUGACUUUGCCAGCUGACAACUGUGAAGAAUAAUCCUACUUUCCCACCUGCCCUUUAAUAACAAAAAUGACAUUUGUGGGUGGUUUUUUUUUUUUAAUUUAAACCUAAAUAAAGUUUUCCAAGAACAAAAUAAGAAUCCUUAUUGUUGUUUUUAU